AUUGAAUAUAAAAUGUGUAAUAAAUCUCUAAAAUUAUGAUCUUUUUUAGGAAUUAUGAAAAUGAUAAGCUAUUAAUCCUGACUCAUACAUAAAGGAACAGUGAGCGUAUUAAUAUCGAAGUGCAAUACUAUUUUUUCUGCUACAGGAUAGCCUACACUAAACGCGAGAGCUAAAACAUUAGCGAUUGACAUAGUUACCAUUCCCGUUGCCAUAAUAACUGGAAUGCAACGCGCGUUUAAUCAGAUAAUUGACAAAUCCUUAUAUUGUGUGUAUGAUGUGACGUUUAAUAUUCAAUGUUGCAAUUCAUGAAAUAUCAAGAAGCAUCGAGAAAAUGGUUCGGACAAAAACUCCCAAUAAAAUACAAGUAGAAACAUGGCUCAUCAAAGACAGGAUCCACCGAUAUCGUGGAGUUCUCAAGUUGCACAGUCAGACAUAUAACUCUCAAUUCAUUUCUGACAUGAUUGAUCUAAUAUAUAAAGCGCGUGACAAGAAACUGCAGUUGUCGCAAGCUACGAAAUUGAAAUCAUUAGUGUCGAGGAAGCUCACGUCCUUGGACGUGGACGUUAAGAGGCAUCGCGAGGUCUUGAAUGAUUUGAGCGAUGACGGUAAAUGGCGUAUACUCAAAUCGCUGGGCGAUCACAGAGAAUUUUAUUUGGCGUUUGAUCAUCUGAAACUAUCCGAAACUUAUGCGGCAUUGCAUCAAGAUUGCGAUGUAAAACGUCGACUCUUGGACAAGCUUUACUAUGAGAAAAAGAGAAAAUUGAAGCAAGGCAUCGAAUUACAAGUAAAACUUGAUUUUUACGCGCAAGUACAUGCUCUACCGUGUCUGUCAUACAAGAUGCGGCGAAAAUUAUUUGUUCGUUCACUGGAUGACAAGUUGGAACACAACGUUCUUUCCAUCGAGUUCGAAGAACAAAGCGAGGAUCUAUCGAAUUGCCAGCAGCAACAACUGAUAGCACGGUUGCAGCAAUCCGUUACGAAACAUAACGCGGCAAAUGCGAUAUAUUUUACGUACUGCUCGAUGUUAAAUAUCCUGAAAAAGGAUGCCACAUUCUUCGACAUUUUGCUAAAUAAUUUAAAGGAAGAUCAAAUUUUGCAAUGCAAAACAAUGCUAAAGGUGACAGUGAUGGGCCAACUGGCAGCGGAGAACCUGGAUGAUAUCAGACAAAAAUAUAAACGAAUGACUCGAGCAGUUUUGCGUAACAUGAGAAUCAGAGAACAAAUGUUAAGUACUGUACGUUGUCAAGUGGAUGAUUUAUGGACUUAUGCACAGUCAUUAGUGCGUGUCGAAAGCAAUCACGUCUUUGCGACAAAGGACAUUGAUAAAUCAUCUAACAAAAUAUUCGAAAGUCAAUUGACACAUCUGCAAGACGUCUGCGAUAAAGUGAGAGAAACUUUCCUCGUGCGUUCGUAUUACGAUUUGCACUCGAGGUAUUCCGUUUGGCUUAUAACCAGACUUCAAAACCAAUCUCAACAGAAAAUAGCACUAUUGACGCGCUUAGACACCAAUUUAAAAAAUCGCGAUCUUUUGUGGAGUAAGAAAAAUUAUGCUUUACAUGUUUUAGAAAGUCUCGACCAUUCUACAAAAACUACAGUAGAACAAUACACUAUACUGGAACAAAUCGAGAUUGAGAAAAAGCGCGAAAAGGAUCUUAAAGAACAGAAGAAAAUUUGCGGCGAAUUACUCACAAAUAUCAGGGCCGCCUUGCAGAAUAUGAACACGAUGCUACUCUGCAUUAAACAUAGUGUCAAAGGAGCGAAGAAGCUAGGCAAAGAUGGAAAUAAGAAUACACUGAAAGAACCGAUAACUGUCGACGAUAAAGAGGAUGCGGAAGAUCACGACACACUGCCGGAACUCGAAAAGAUAGAUACGGAUGGUAAGAGAAAAGCUAUAAUUAUAUUGAACUGCAAAAUUAGACACUUUUAUCGUUUGGAAAUGCAGAAUAGUUUUCUAAGUAACUUACUGAUUUUAGUUUUGGUGCUGUUAUCAAAAAUCAGCAGGAAAAUAGGCAUCCUCUUCGGCAUGAGCAAUUUCGAUCUCGAAUCAGACAAGGAGGCCAAAGCGCGGGAUCUCUAUCAAACUUACGUGUCGAAUUGCUCUUCAAAUUUGAUAUUUGGAACUGGUAAAGAGGAACCGAUAGGACUAUUGGUUGAACACGAGACAGUUGACAUCACCGUUCCGACGCGAGUAGAUAUUAAACUCCGCAGUAAGCAAAUUAUAGAGACGCAUCUGAAACUGGAAUAA